AUGAAGCUGCUGGCUGUCUUGUACAUUAUCGUGGCUUUCAGGCCUGCAACGUUUGGCGACGGCAAGGGCAGGCUCAAGAAAGGCGGCUCUACACAUUCCUCGCUAUCGACUUUUAAGCUGCCAGAGGAAAGACCAGAGUCAAAAGAUCCCCCAAAGUACUUUGCAAUCGACAUUGACGGUACGCUGCUUGCCAAGAACAAGGAGGGGUGGGAGCGGAACAUCGAGGCUUUUGCCAAGGCCAGGGAGAUGGGCUACACGCCGUUCCUAUGCACUGGAAACUCCUUUGGCAGGUCCAUGUCGAAGCUCGGCCAGGAGUUUAUCGAAAGGACGGGCUACAAGGGCUACCCUGGAGUCUAUCUGCACGGGAUACAAAUAUACGAUAGUGACGGAAAUCGACUCAAACCAAAGUAUAACGUACCAACAUUUUUACUCUGGAUAAAAUCGGCAAUUUUGGUGGAUAUCAUAGGUCGGUUUAUCUGCAGUACGUUCAUGGGAAAGUGGCUGAGUAACAGCGUGUGUAGCAUCAAUAAAGCUACCGGGAUUAAAGAUCUCAUGAAGCCUCUUGGUGUUCCUCCAGAGCAGUGCGGGUUCAUUGGAAAUGACUGGAAUGAUAUCCAAGCCAUGGACUUUUGCGAUAUCUCGUUUGCAGUUGGAAAUGCGCCAGACUAUGUCAAGAAGCAUGCAAAGGUCGUCCUAGACAAAACCUGUGACGAGGGAGCAGUUGCAGAGGCCUUGAAAAUAGUCUAUGGGUUACAAAUCCCAUAG